AUGUUUCAGCGUCUCCAAAAGAAUUUCAACCUCGAUUUCCUCGACAAUAAGAUAGCCGAAGAACAAGAAAAGCAGAAGCAAGCCGCUGCCACCAAGUCGUCUGGCUCAGGCACUGCCAAACGAGCGCCAGGGAGUGCAGCCGGCGCAAGCCGUAACAAUGGUCGCGGAGAUGCCACAAACCCCAAAUCUGGUGCCAGGGCAAAGGCGGGCGAGACAACACAAAGUGAUAAGGGGGUUCCUGCAAGAGGCGCAGAUCCCGAUGACUUCGCCAUAGGGGACGAUUCGACCGAGAUAAGUCGAGUGACGACUCCGAUGCCUCGGGCAGAUCCUCAUGAACAGCCGGAACCGACACGAGAUGGCGAGGCGAAGGAUAGGACUGGAGACAAGAAUGAAGACAAUACAGUGGAGGCCAAGAGAGAUCCGGAAAGGCCGGCGGAAGAAGAGCUUCCAUUGGCUGUGCGGCAGAAGCUGGCCAAGUUGGACACUCUGAGCACAAGGUUUCAAGAGCUCUUGCGAAACUACCGCAUCGCUCAUGCACAAGCGGCAGCUAUCGAACCAUUUGAAGCAAUGCUACGCGAGCAUACCUCCUUGACAUCCAUCGCGGAUCCAGUUGCACUGGUGGAGUUUCUUGGCCAAAAGGAUCUCCAGAAGGACAUGGCCAUGGAGGAGCUCAAGCGAAUUGACGGCCAAUGCAAGAGUGUAGCGAAGGAGCGUGAUGAGCUCAAACUCAAGCUUGAAAAGACCAAAGCAAAAGGAGAAGACAUGGCAGACGAUGCAAAAACCCCGAAUGACAACGGCGAUCCUCUUGGGGUGACCGAUGCAAGGAUCGUUCCCACAAAGUCCUCGGAGGGUUCAGCAGAUAAUGACGACUUUUUCUCCUACGACACAGAGCUAUCCAUUGCACAGGCAACCGACGCAGAAGACUCUGCAAAGCUUACACAGCUAGAAUCACUUAUUGCUGAGCAAAAGGUCACCAUUGAUAGACUCCAGACGUCAGACGCCGAACAACGAACCAAAAUUGGUCUGCUUGAGUCUCAAAUCGCGUCUGAUGCGACUAAGCUCGAGAGACAGCAGACCGAGUCUCAGGAGCACAAGGACUUCAUCAUCGAGCUCUCAACGGAGAACGCAUCAUUGCGGCAGGAUCUUGAUAUAACCCGGCUUGACCUCAGUGCCAUGAACAAUAAAAUCAGUCUCAAAGACAAUAACAUCAAGGAGAUCGAUUUGCAGCUCAGACAGACGAAGGAGCUUCUCGCAGAAGCCAACAAAAAGAACGAUUCUAUUGGGAAGUCUGAACAGCAAAAUAACAAUAGGCUCGAGGAAUACGAGGAGCAAGUUGAGCAACUGAAAAUGCAGUUCCAUGAUUCCGAAGAGGCUCUUCGCAAGUUUAAGGAACAACAUGCAACCAAUGAGAAGAGCACUGUGUCUACUCGGGGCGACCAGAAGCGAUUGGAGACACUGGAAAAUGUGGUGAAAUCGCUGAGAGAACAGGUCAAAUCUGCCGAGGACGCUCGCAAGGCAACAGACGCAGAAGCCCAAGACCUGCAGUUCAAAAUUCGUCUGAUGGAGGCGGAAUCCGAGUCUGCUGGGAAAAUAAUCACUUCCCUCAGGACGCACGAAGAAGUUGCGAAGGGUUUGAAACGCAGAUUGGACGAAGUCGAAAUGGAACGGGACGAUGCCCAACGACUGGCUGCAAGCAAAACUGGUCAUGAAGCUGCAGCUGCGAACCUCCGCGUUCAAUUGAAGCGUAUCGAAAAGGAUCGGGACGCGGCGUAUCAGAUGAUACUCGACUGCGGAAAGUGCAGCAUUCCGGAUUCCGACAAAGACUCUGAAGACGCUAAUGCAGAGAAUGGGACUUCGCAUUCAACGACCGGAAAUUCCCUAGAGUCAGAAAGUCGGGAAGAGCUAAGGACACAGUCUGGCGAAGGCAUCACAAAUGCAGCAGUCGACGACGAUGCAGCAGCUUCAGGAGAAGGCAAGAAGAAGAACAAGAAGAAGAAGUCCAAAACGAAGAAGAAGUUAUCCGAAGAGACUGUCGAGGGACCGAAACCUUUCCCGACGCUCGAAGAGCUGAUCCACGACCCGACUCAAGGUAAUGCGAUAAUGCUCCGGACAAAACAUGCCGAAAAUCCGAUGCUCCCAUUAUUGAUGAGUACCGUUGAGAAGAUGAAGGCUAUGAGUGAGACCAGAGACGAUGAACGCGAUAACCGUUAUCUUCAUCUUGAAGAUCUUGUGGAGACACGAGACCAGAUCAUCAAAGAUUUCGAAGUGAUUAUCAGAGCGAAGAACGAAGAGAUAGUGACUCUGCGCCAGAACCUUGAGGGGAAUACUUCAAACGACAAAACUGAGAGCACAGACACUCAAAUCAUCGCCUUGCAACGAGAGAUAGAUGCUCUCAAGGGCCAGACCACGCAGAAGGACGCACAGAUCGAGCAGCUUCGUGCGCGAUUGGCAGGCGAAGCCAAGCUACACGAACAGAUCGAGAAUCUGAGCGAAGAGAACGAAACUUUGCGAGAAAGCAUGAUUGAUCAUGGCAAACAGGCCACUGAUGCGCUGCACGAGUUGAAAAUUGGGAAGAAUACUCUGGCGAGCCUGCAAGAGGAACUAGAGGCAGUUCGUAAGGAGAACCAGGAAGAUCGUGACAAGCUAAGAGAUGCUACAGCUGCGAAGCAGGCAUUAGCUAGCCAGUGUACGAAGUUGGAAGCUGACUUGGCGGAAGCCAAGACGAAGUCUGCCUCGGAGAGUGACCUGACUGAUCUUCGCGAAAAACUUCGAGUGGCAACACAGGAGAAGGAUGUCCUUGAAUCGGCUAAGCAGACUUUCGAGCAACAAGUCGCUGAUCUAAAGGUGCAGCACACCGCCAAAAGCGACGAGGGAGAGGCGAAGACGAAAGCAUUAUCUGCUGACCUAGGUACCUUCAAAUCGAAGGCUCUCGAUCUUGCGAAAGAGCUGGCCGCCGCGAAUCAGCUUGCACAGACAAGGUACAAGGACUUGACAGAAUUGAAGAGUGCCUACAAUAAAUUGCAGCCGGAGUUGAAGAAGCUGCGCGAGGAGUCAGCUGAGCUCAAACAGGUCAAAUCUGAUCUCGAUAGGGCUACGGCGAGUGUCAAGCGGCUUGAAGCUAAGGAAAGGGAUCUGCGAUCGGAGAUCGCUGAGUACAAACUGCAGAUGACCUCCAAGGACGCUGAGCUGACUACCUGGAAAGAGACGACGAAGCGAAGCGAGGAGCGCAGCACGGCACUGGAAGAAUCCUACGACACUGCUCGCAAAGACCUCGUGGCCAGCGAAAGCACUCGUGAUGAGGCGGUCGAAAUUCGCGGGAAGCUUCAAACUGAUGUGCGGAAGCUCGAAGAACAAGUUGACAAGUCACGGUCGCUGAUCAACGAUCUGGAGAAGAAAGUACAGAAGCACGCUGACGAGGCCAACACGUUGCGGGAGGAGAUGUCAAUGAAGGCCGCGCAGCAGGCAAGCGCUCAGAGCUUGAUGGACAGCAUGCGUGAUCAAACCAAUGAGCUUUCAACUCAGAUGAAAGAGGCUAGGGAGCAGAAGGAGAGCAUCGAAGAAGAACUGAUUGAUGCCAAUCGCUUGUUGUCCGAACGGAGCCGCGAGGCGGAGACCAUGCGACGCCUGUUGGCCGAUGUCGAAGGUCGCGCAGAAAGCAAAGUCAAGGAGAUGAGAGAGCGUAUGGAUCUCGCAUUGGAAGAACGCGACAGGGCAGAAGACGAAGCAAGCAGUAUAGGAAAGCGUCGUGCUCGUGAGAUUGAAGACUACAAGUUGAAGCUACACGAUGCGGAACGUGAAGCCAGUCGCGCCACAGACGCCAAGCAAGAUGCCGAACGACGUGCGCGUGAUCUGCUGGAGCGCGAAACGAAUCUUCAACAACGCGCCUCGCAGGCGCAGACAGAGCUGGCCGAGAUUCGCACCGCCAUGGCGCAAUUGCGCGAUGCACUCGAUGAGAGCGAACGGCAAUCUCGCCAGCUAGAGAAGGAGAAGCUCGAGGCGCGGAAGUCUUUGGAGGACAAGGAGACACGCCUAGAACGUCUUCAGAAAUCCAGCAAAGCAAUGGCUGAGGAGCUUCGCGCACUACAGCAGCAACAUUCACAACAGCAAAUUGGCUCUCCAGUAGCCCUUGGAACGGCCAAAUUCAAACCGUCACCACGGGUCUCAGUCGACAGCACACGUGUGGCGUCUCCUGGCAGUGCCGCCGGGACUGCUGCGGGCUCCAAGGACGGCGUAGACUAUGUCUACCUGAAAAACAUUCUGCUGCAGUUCCUCGAGCAGAAGGAGAAAAAACAUCAAAUGCAGCUUGUGCCCGUGCUCGGGAUGUUGUUACACUUUGAUCGCGCAGAGGAGCAGAAGUGGAUGGCUGCAAUCUCUGCGAACAAGUAA